AUGUACGAUAGAGUUCCGGAGGCCAGCGUGAAGGACCUCUUUGACUACUAUGGCGGUGUGGCACGGUACGUGCUGCAGCAUCCGUCGCUGCACCCCGACCGGGAGGUGCUUGCGUUGCUGAGGCCGCUGCUCAGUGCGAUUCAUACUUGCAACGUUGAACAGGUGCGAACGGCCAUUGGUGCUGUCGGCAGGGGGUCUGAGGCCAGCCAUCACCUGGUUCAUAUUGUGGCUGACGACAAGUUCCAGAAUAAGCGCCUCAUGUUCGCUACCAAAUGGGUGGCUGACAAGUUUGUCAAACGAGCAUUAGAAAACGAGGAGCAGCAGUUGAUAUUGCUACUGAAAAUAAGCGAUGGAGGGCUCAAGGGUAUGUUGUACGAGCCAGUUAUGCAUGCUGUAGUGGCGAUGGGUGCCAUGAUCUAUCGUUUUGUUUGCGAAUUGCUGCAACCCUUGGGGUUGCCAAGUGUUGCCCCAACAGGCAAUCAAGGGCAAGCUCACCACCAGGGCCCGGUGCUUGUCCUUUCUCAGGGCAAGCCACCCACAUCAGUGUAA